CGCCGCGGGAGCGGGGCGGAGGCUGCGACGCUUCCUGACGCCCGGCCUGGGCCAGUGAGGAGACCUAGGGAGCCCGCUCGGCCUGGUGUUUCCAUUCUAAUUCACUGCGUGCCUGGCGGGGGACGACCCCCAAGUAGUUUCAUGCGCUUAUCUUCCGGGCGAAGCUCACAGGUGUUCUAUCAGAUGUUCCACCGUAAUAAUGCUAGGUAACCCAAAUCUAUUUCUGGAACCAUGAAAAUUUUGCUGGUUUUUGACUUUGACAAUACAAUCAUAGAUGACAACAGUGACACCUGGAUUGUACGAUGUGCUCCAGAGAAAAAGCUUCCUAUUGAACUAAAAGAUUCUUAUAAAAAAGGAUUUUGGACAGAAUUUAUGGGCAGAGUCUUCAAGUACUUGGGAGAUGAAGGUGUGAGAGAAGAUGAAAUGAAAAGAGCAGUAACAUCAAUGCCUUUCACUUCAGGAAUGGUGGAGCUUUUAAACUUUAUAAGAAAGAACAAGGAUAAGUUUGAUUGCAUCAUUAUUUCAGAUUCAAAUUCAAUCUUCAUAGAUUGGGUUUUAGAAGCAACCAAUUUUCAUGAUGUAUUUGAUAAAGUGUUUACAAAUCCAGCAGCUUUUGAUGGCAGUGGUCAUCUCACUGUGGAAAAUUAUCAUGCUCAUUCUUGCCAUAGGUGUCCCAAAAAUCUUUGCAAAAAUGUAGUUUUGGUAGAAUUUGUAGAUAAACAAUUACAACAGGGAGUGAAUUAUACGCGAAUUGUUUAUAUUGGUGAUGGUGGAAAUGAUCUUUGUCCAGUAACCUUUUUAAAGAAGAAUGAUGUUGCGAUGCCACGGAAAGGAUAUACUUUACAGAAAACUCUUUCCAGAAUGUCUCAAAAUCUUGAGCCUAUGGAAUAUUGUGUUGUAGCUUGGUCUUCAGGUGUUGAAGUAAUUUCUCAUUUACAAUUUCUAAUAAAGGAGUAAUACGCCAACAAUUAAAACGUGUAUUAGUUAAGUACAGCAGCAUAAAACUGAAACUCCAAAUUCCAGUAGCUUAAGAAAAAGAAAGACUUUUUUUUCUCUCACUUAAAAAUUCCAGAGGUAAGUAUCUCAAGGCUACUGUAUUGCUCUACCAACUUCCAGCAUUUGGCUUCCAACUUUUGAUCCAGUAUUGUUGUCCAAACUCCAGCCCUCACAUCAAUAUUAUGGUCAGCAAGAAGGAAGGCAGUGAGUUGCACGCUCAUUUAAGUUGCAUUGGCCAAAAUGGCACAACGUCCCCACCUAACUAUAAGGAAGAAUGAAAAAUAUUGCUUUUAUUCCAGAUGGUCAUAUGCCUGGGAAAAAUUGGAAAAAAAGGAGUACGGAAUUG